AUGGAGGCGCCACUUUUGUCGCUGGGAGGCAGCCUAGGAGGUGGCCCGGGGCUUUUCAAUGUGUGUGAGUUCCCGGUGGAAGAAGAAGAAUGGAAAGGCUUGAGCUUCCGUGAGCGUGUGAAGAUUUGCAACGCCAAGUUCCUUCGAGACAAUGGCAUUUUGCCAAUCCCAGCCUUCAUUUCAACGUAUGCCUGCAUUGGCCUUUUGUGGUGGGCUGGUUUGCGUUUCUUCCAAGAUCCUUCCCUGCCCUUCUUCUCUGAGUUGAAUAUGAAGCGUAUGAUGCUCUACAACAUCUUGCAUUCUAUCCUGGGCUUCGGUGCCACGAGCUCCUUCUUAGGGCAACGUUUCAAGUUUGCGGUGGGUGGCACCGGCAUCCAUUUCUUGUGGCCUGGCACCAUUUGCUCUCCACUCCUCCCCGACCUGCUUCGACGCCUGGGUAUCUCCGUCCCCGCCCGCCGCUCCGUGUUGGCGGUGGUGCUCUUCGCUGCCUAUGCCUUGGCGUUGCUGCACGAGUUGCUGGUGCCGGAGCCACGGGUGGCCGUGCCUUUGGCCUUGCUGGCGGUGUGCACCAUCUUCGAUUACAACAUUUUUGGUGCCAGCCGCGGGGAGCACUAUGGCUACUUCAUGGUUUGUAUGUUGUUCCCAGACUGGCUCCAUGGCUGGCAGUGUGUGCAACUAGCCUUGUGGAGCUGGGCGGGGGUGGGGAAGAUUGGACCUUGGUUCCAACCGGUGAUCCCAUUCAUCACCAAAGACUCUGCCUAUACAUGGUUCCUUCCCAAGAACCUCAUGUGCAAGAUGCUUGUGAAGGAUUACCCCAAUGACCUGAAUCCCAGUACGCUCUCUACAGUUUUGGCCUACUGUGGUGCAGGGCUGGAGAUGUUCUUCCCCCUUUGCUGCAGCUCUUCGUUCUACUUGAUUCGGCUGUUUGGUGCGUUUGGCAUGAUUUGCUACCACUGCUUUAUUGGCAUUUGCAUGCCCUUUGCCUCCGUCUUUGAGUGGAACUACACUUGCAUGAUCUUGUCCUACUUCCUCUUUUGCCACAAUGAGUUUGCCUUCCCCAGUUCCACGGCUCUUCAAGCAUUCUUGCUGUUGGUUCUCAUCGCGAUCCCUGUCCUUGGACAGUUGUACCCCUGCCUGGUGCCCUUCCUUCUGGCCUAUCGACCCUACAUGGGAAAUUGGCGCUUUGGCUGGUUCGUGGUUCACAAGAGCGCCCUUUCCAAGCACCAAAAGCUGAAGACCACCGAAGACCCCUUUGCAGGAAAGAAUGGCGUGUGGAUGUACGAAUGGUUUGAAUUCUUCAGAUUGCCCUCGAAGCAGUCCAUUCGCACCAUGCAGCACUGGGAUUACCUCGUUGCCGGUCUCAUGAUGACCAUUCCGGCCUACCGGCCCUUCGUGUCCGUGAUGGAAAAGCUCAUCGAAGACAACGGCUGGGACACCGAUGACGUGCUCUUCACGCACACCGAGUCCUACCAGAAUCAGGUCUUUGGCUUCUCUCUCGGAACUGGCUGGAUCUCUGCCCGCGAGUGUGUCCGGGAGGCAUACAACGCCAUUUGUGGCUUUGAGAAGGGGGAGAUGUAUUUCGUGCAAUUUGAUCCCGUGAAGCCCUUGCCCUGGGGCAAAGAGAAUCAUUUGGUCCAGUUCCGGUGCUUCGAUGUGACUGAAGGGCCUGAGAAGGCGCAGAUCUAUGGGGAGAUUCCUUAUGCUCAAGCCGCUGAAAGCCAGCCAGCAGCUUUGCACAUGAAGGAUCUCAACAAGGGCAAGUCGAUCCAUGGCACGUUCCUGGACACCUACUAUUGA